AUUCAGAACCAGUCAAACCUACAGCUGGGUAAAUUUCAUAAAAAUAAAUAUGAAAUACACCGAUUUUUCGGUUUUGCAUGUACUUUUUGUGGACAUAUAAUAAUUUUUAGAAGUAGUUAGAAAUAGAUAAUUGUUAGAAAUGUCAGACUUCUUAGCGGACAACAAUUUCUGCGGUCAGACGAUUCUACGAUUAGUAUCGCAAGGAAAUGCUAUUUUAGCUGAUUUGCUCCGCCUCAAGGAGACUGUUCCAUCUAUAUUUCGCCUUGAGCAUAAAUCUGAUAUUCAAAAGUAUGGAGAAGUCCUAUGUGACUUUAGCUAUUUUGCGGGGUCGGAAGCAUUCGAAAAAAAGUUGGAAAACAGUCCGUCUCUCUCUGAAGUUGAUCAAGAACUCCGUGAAAAUUAUAUCGAAUUACUCAGCAGCUUUUAUUUUUUGUUUGAAAGUAUAUUCAAGUACGUCACGGAGCUGAAUCGUUUCAUAGAAGAUGUUCACGAGGGUUACUACAUCCAGAUGAGCUUGGAAACCAUUUUAUACGACAAGGAGGGCAAACAGUUAUUGACUGAAAGCUUGUUCCUCUAUGGCGUCAUGCUUCUUCUGGUUGACAUCCACAUCGACGGAGUGGUCAGAGAGAGAAUGUUGACCUCAUUUUAUAGAUAUGCUGCAGGAGCCUUUCAGACGGAAACGCAUGUGGACCAAGUUUGUAAAUUAUUUAGAGCAACGGGAUACACAAAAGGGAAAAGGCCGGCUGGAUAUCCGCAAGAUUACUUCAAACGAGUCCCCAUAGACGAAACUUUUGUCCAAAUGAUAAUUGGAGUACUUCGAUCGGACGAUAUUUAUCUUCAAGUUGGAUCAGCAUAUCCUCUUCCGGAACAGAGAUCGACCGCAUUUGCCGGACAAUCUUCCAUGCUCGUGAUUAUCUUAUUCUUUACCCCGAUGGUGCUGCAUUCAGAUAAUGCAACAAUGAGGGAAAUCACGGAUAAAUUUUUCCCCGACAAUUGGAUAGUUCCAGUCUACAUGGGAUUCUUCAUUAAUUUAGUGGAAGGGUGGGACUCCUUCAAAUCGGCCAAGUUGGCUUUAGCAAAUACGGUGGAAACGGCACGAGUUAAGCAAAUUACGGGAGAUAAGGGUCCAAAAGUUAAGUUACUGAUUGAAGAGACUGAAAAGUUUCUGAAGGAAGGGCUCCUCACGGAAGAAAACGUGUUGGAAAAAGUCUCAAAAGUCAUAAAUUUGCUGAGAGAUUGUAAUGUUACGUUACGUUGGAUUAUUUUACAUUGCACUCCUCCCACUGCUGUCGACGGCGUCAAAAAAAUGAAACAACUCCGUGACACGGUUCUAUCCGAAGUAAAAUAUGACCCAGAAGUUACGCUCAAAUUCUUGCUGAACGUGGCCCAGUUGGAGCUGAAAAUUAAGGAAUUAUUCAGAAAACUCCUUUCAGAGAAACGAGAUCGCUGGAAUAAUUAUAAAAUAGAAGCAAACGAACGGAUUAAGGAAUUGUCCGAAGUUUUCAGUGGGACAAAGCCUUUAUCUCGGAUUGAAAGGAAUGAUAAUUUACACCGCUGGCUAGAUACAAAAGCUGGUCAAGUAGACUCGCUAAAUUUUGACGAGAUAAAAGUCUCUGGGAGGAAACUUGUCGAACUGAUUCGAGCUUUUGAUGAAAUGUUGGAAUUCCAUGGACUUGAGAGUAAAGUACAGGUUCGCGAAUGGGUGACAGAGAUUGUGGCAUGUUUUAAUAAAAUGAUACGAACCGGAUCCAUUAAUGAAGACAAACUCGUAACUAUUCAAAUAGUUGAGGACUUGGGUUACGCAUGGGGUUCGAUAAUCGACAGCUACACGCCACACAUGCAGAAAUUGAUUCAUAACGAUCCCUUUGCCGUUUCAAAACUGAGAGCUGUAUUUUUAAAGCUCUCGUCAGCCAUGGAUUUUCCACUAAUGAGAAUUGGUCAAGCUAAGUCCAACAAUUUACUAGUCAACGUCUCCUCCUACUACUCUGAAGAAUUGGUCGCCUAUGUCCAAAAAGUGUUACAGAUCAUUCCAGAAUCCGUAUUUUCAAUCCUGCACAAAAUAAUUGAACUACAAACAAAUUCCAUUCAAGAAUUGCCAACAAGACUGGAUAAGGAUAAAGUUAAAGAGUUUGCUCAACUCGAGGAUCGAAUGAAGGUCUCACGACUAACUCAUCACAUGUCUGCCUUGGCCGAAGGAAUUCUCAUGAUGCAGACAACCUUGGUCGGAGUGAUAAAGAUAGAUCCCAAGAAAUUGCUUGAAAAUGGAAUUCGAAAAGAAUUAGUUCGCCAAGUUUGUCAAGUGCUUCACACUAACUUGAAUUUUCAGCUGAAAGGUUCGGGAAAGGAUUCUGAACUAAUGUCAAAGUUGACGAUUAUAGCAAAACAGUUUGACGGUAUAUUGCGGUCAUUUGAAUACAUUGGAGACUAUGUCAACUCAAAUGGACUUAAGAUAUUUUAUGAAGAAUUCUCUCGAGUACUCAAUUUUUUCACGGAGCAAGAAUGCAACAGUUUUACAAAGAACAAAGUCCUUCAUUUUCAGUCAAUCUAUCAAUCCAAGGAGAUCCCCAUUCCGAUUCAAUUUAUCUCCGCGUCUCCAGGGUCAUCAUCAUCACCUACAAAUGAUUUGUUAGAUUACUCUGCCACCACCUUUUUAGGCCGACUGGCCAACGAACUGAUAUCCAUUAGUGAUCCCAAGACAUCCUCGUUCUUAACUGCGACGAGUAGUUGGUACGAUUUGAAAACUCAUGCAGCCCUCCUCACGCCAGAUUACUUUUCCGUGAUGGAGAAGGGUUUAGGUGUUUCUGGGUUGACUGGAUUGGACAAGAUUUUGUCGUUCAUGAUUGCAAAUCAUAUUCAGGCCUUGACAAAAUUCAUGAGGAAAGAGUUGACAGAGAAGAAUAGUGUGAAAGAUUUACUUGGAUCUCUGGAAGUACAACUUUCGCCCCAUUCUCGAGUAGUUGAUUAUCCUCUAAAAAAGUAUCUGUCAUGGUUCAAAAUUAUAAGAAGCGGAUCGACAUUGGACUGUGCUGUAAUUCUCCAAAAGAUUGGUCAGCUUCAACUGCUUCGCAAACGUAUUCAGUACCAACUCCGAGUUGCUGCUAGUUUUCAGGCGAAACAAUUACAAAAUGCCCUUGGCGUGGUUAACAGUUUAAUGGCAGAGGUGCAAAUGUCUGAAUCGUGCAGUAGGAAAUCUACUACGGGAAACAUUCCAAACGAUGAAGUGUCAAAUAUUGCUUUUGAAACGUUAAACUAUUCCGAGCCGCUUGGAUUGUAUGACCCAUAUGCAAAAAUCUAUAUAACACUUGAACCCAUUCCAAACAUGGCGACAUAUCUGGCGGUCAUUGUAGUGAAUCAUCUUCAUAAAUUGGUUUACUCGAAAAGUUUGGGGAGCCUAACAUGCCGAAAAGUUUCCGAACCUGCGGACGGUUUCCCAUUUGUGAUUGGAUUAUCAACCCUCUUCUUCCAAUGUAAUCCGUCCCAAACGUUCGCUUUAGUCUCCUUGCUGUGCCAAUAUCUUAAUUCCAUGGUCGUCCAUCUCUCCGCCACGUCAAACAUUGGGGGAGGAGGAACCCCAAAUAAGGAAGAUGUACAAGAUUUCAGUGCUGCCUAUUAUCUCCUCAUCAUACUUACCAGAGUUCAUCCACGCAGUUCCGAAAUUUCAGAGUGGAUAUCUCAAAUGGUUCCUUGUUUCCGCAUAUUAUCAAAUAUCGUCAAUUCAGUUCCUUAAUUUAAUUUAUGUAUGAUUUUAUAUUUAAUGCAAAACUAUAAACUAGUCAAUUAUGUGCUAUUUAUUAUAUGUUUUACAAGUAUUUGAUGAGGUUUGUAUCAUAAUUAUGAAAUAAGAUUAUUAUAAAUAAUGCGAAAUAAAAUGAAAAAUAAGAAGAAUUUUUCUCAAUGAA